UUCCCGUUUUGAGGCCGAAUUCACAAAACCAGUGCUCCUUCGCCCAACCAUCCACCACCGCCACAAAAAACACGCGCCUUCUCUCUCUCUGCAAUCUCCUCCACUCUCUUAAGACUUCAUACUUAUAUGGACUUUUCAGCUCUCUCAAUUUCAUUAUUCUUCACCAGUCCACCAAGCUUUCAAAGGUUGAGUUUUCCUUGAAAAGAGACACGGUUUUUCUUUCUCUAUUGUCUUUCAUGGUUCAGGUGAUCUUUUGAAGGGUUCGUGGAAGCUGAUUGCGUUGUACUUGUAUUUGCUAUUGAAUUCAUGUUCCUUAACCCUAUAUAUGGUGCCCAUUCUGCUAUUGGGGCUCUGAAUUAUAUUACCUUACAAGUUACAAAUGAGUAUGCAGUAUUCCUAUGCGAGCUUGGACUUCUCGCAGAUUUAUUCUCAACAACUGUGUCCAUGUAAGGAUAAUCGUUCAAUCAGGCCGUCUGUUCCCUUCUCCAAGAAGAGGCGGAAAAAAAUUAUUGCCAGUUUUUUGCAUAUAGGCUAUCCUAGGAAAUUCAGCUUUCGUGCCUGUGUGAUACCUAACAAAAAUGAUAAGAACAGCAGUUUCAACGUGGAAUUAGCGGAUUCUACUAGACGGUUUGCGAGGAAUUUUGUUGUGAAGCAACUAUCCAAUGAAUUGGAGGGCGAGGAUUUGUCUAAAGAAUCAUCGUCCUCUGUGGGAAUGGCAUCGAACUUCACUGGUUUUGAAGAAGAUCCUAUUGUUGAUAAGUUGAGGACCCAAUUGGGAGUGAUACACCCAAUCCCUUCACCGCCAAUUAAUAGAGGUGUUGCAGGGUUGUUUGUAUUUUUCUUCUUUGUGGGAGUUGCUUUUGAUAAAUUAUGGACUUCUAGGAAGAAGAGCAAAAUGGGGAAGGAUGGCCCUCUUGUGGUGUGGCCACAAGUGCCUACGAGCUUUUCAACAUUUCUAGAAAAGGAUUUGCAGAGAAAGGAGUCCGUGGAAUGGGUAAACAUGGUGUUGGGGAAGUUGUGGAAGGUUUACAGGGGUGGGAUCGAGAAUUGGCUCAUUGGUUUGCUCCAACCGGUUAUUGAUGAUCUUAAAAAACCUGAUUAUGUAAAGAGGGUUGAGAUUAAGCAACUUUCUUUGGGGGAUGAGCCUUUGUCUGUCAGGAAUGUCGAGCGCAGGACUUCCAGAGGUGUCAAUGAUCUGCAGUACCAAAUAGGCCUCCGUUAUACUGGUGGUGCUCGCAUGCUUUUAAUGCUCUCGCUAAAAUUUGGCAUUAUACCUAUUGUUGUUCCAGUUGGUGUUCGAGAUUUCGACAUUGAUGGGGAACUUUGGGUCAAAUUACGACUGAUACCAACAGAGCCUUGGGUUGGAGCUGUUUCAUGGGCUUUUGUUUCACUUCCAAAAAUCAAAUUUGAAUUAUCACCAUUUCGUUUGUUUAACUUAAUGGCGAUCCCAGUUCUCUCAAUGUUUUUGACAAAACUUCUCACUGAAGAUUUGCCUCGACUAUUUGUACGUCCGAAGAAAAUUGUUCUAGAUUUCCAGAAAGGAAAAGCAGUUGGUCCUGUAGCAAAUGAUUUCAAAUCUGGAGAAAUCCAGGAUGGAAACAAAGAUUUUGUUGGAGAACUAUCACUGACUUUAGUUGAUGCUCGGAAACUUUCUUAUGUUUUCUUUGGUAAAACAGAUCCAUAUGUAACUUUAAGUGUAGGAGAUCAAAUUAUACGCAGUAAAAAAAACAGCCAAACAACUGUCAUUGGCCCUCCUGGUGAGCCAAUUUGGAAUCAGGAUUUUCAUAUGCUUGUUGCAAAUCCUAAAAAACAAAAAUUACACAUCCAGGUGAAAGACUCCCUUGGAUUUAUGGAUUUCACCAUUGGCACUGGAGAGGUUGAUUUGGGAUCACUUCAAGACACUGUACCAACGGACAGGAUUGUGGUCUUGCGAGGAGGUUGGGGACUGUUCAGAAAGGGGUCUUCUGGGGAGAUAUUACUUCGACUGACUUAUAAGGCCUAUGUUGAGGACGAGGAAGAUGACAGGAGUGAGGUGCGAUCCAUCGAUGUGGAUGCUUCAGAUGAUGAGAUGUCUGAUUAUGAUGAAUCAAAUGCUAGCUAUGUGAGGGGUGGGACUGAAUAUUCAGAUGGAACGGAUAAAGAAUCAUUUAUGGAUGUUCUAGCAGCUUUGCUCGUGAGCGAGGAAUUUCAAGGGAUAGUGGCAUCUGAAGCGGGAAGUUCAAAAGUUUCAGAUGAUGUCUCACGUACAGGGUCCACAAUACCUAUAUCACGCAGCCUUAAUACUGGAUCAAUGCCCUCAGAUUCUAGCAAUAGCUCUGAGUCUUCUAGUGAUGCAGGAUCAGCCUUAUUUUGGCUCGCUGUGAUUACUAGUAUUUCAGUGUUAAUAGCGUUUAACAUUGGUGGUACAAGCUUCUUCAAUCCAUGACAUGACGUGAUAGCACUGGCAAAGAGCUAGUUUUCGAUCCUUCUGUUUAGCCAAGUUUGGCAGCGUUUCGUUUCACACAUAUUAGAGAUGAUUUGCCAUCAUUUUUGCUUUCAUUCAAACGGCUACUAGCAGAGGAAUGUUCUAUAGGCGGCAGCAAAUUUUUGGCGUCUUUUAUUAGAUCCCUUGUCUCUAUUCCACUUGUAUGAUAGUAAUGGUUACCUACCUCCUUUUUCACUGCUACCGUCCAUGCAUUCAGUGAAGAAGCUUUUUGUGUAGGCAUUUGAUUGUAUAGCUAUAGGUAUAGAAGAAAUUUUAUUGUUUGCUUGGGGGAAGCUUUGGCUUGACGGAUAGAUUCAACGAAAUUCCCCGUACUCCAAGAAUGUGAAGCGUGAUAUCAUACUAAAAUUGUCAACUACUUGGCGAAAAGUCUAGUUGGUUUUCUCUUCGGAUUUAAGGCGUAUGGUGUCUAAGGUCGAGAGUUUGAACCAACCUGUUGGGAUAUUUUCUUAUGGAAUCCUUGUUCGUGGGCUUGUCUGACUUCGGUGUAUACUUAUUUUGAUACAAAAGGUUUUUCAGGGUA